CACUGAGCCCGUGAGCCGCUCUCAGCCAGUGUAUCUCCAUUGCUCGUGAGAGAAGGGUGUAUACUCCCCAGGGAAACUUUCUCCAGCCCCGUGUUGCCCGAGGACAGGGAAUGAGAGGCAUGACCCGGGAGGAGUAAGAGUGCCAGGGGUCCGAGGUGCCACCAACAGGACUCAGCAGCAUCCCGCAGAAGGAAGAAUAUUAAAAAAAAACGAAAGAGGAAUUAAAGAAAAACAGGAGAAUUUGUGUCAACUUUCACUCUCACUCUCUCUCCCUCAAACACACACACACACACACACACACACACACACACACACACACACACACACACACACACACACACACACACACACACACACACGGAAAAACAAUGAACAGAAAGAAAUACAAAAGAAAAACAAAAACAUCACAAGCUGGAAAUGAGAGCAAGUGAGAGAAUGCGUAAGUGAGAGAGUGAGAAAGAAAGAAAAUUAAAUAUAGUGGAGAUUUUUUUAGAGAUAAUGGAGAAAGUGGUGACGUCAUCAACAUGGUAUAUUGACCCCACCAUGGCAAGUCAGGAAUGGUCAGAUUCAGAGUCGGUGGGGAGCAGCGUGGCGGCCCCCUCAGAAGUGUCCACCGUCCCCGACAAGUUUGGUUUCCUGGGAGGUGCUCAGUACACAGAUGACAGUGAGGAGGCAGUACCUGUGGAGGUCAUAAGACGGCGGGAAAAGAAAUGGCUGGAGAUGUUCAGCAGAUGGGACUCAUACAUGCUGAAGCGAUACAAGAAGGUGCGCGACCGCUGCCGAAAGGGGAUCCCAUCUGCCCUGCGUGCCCGGGCGUGGCAGCACCUCUGUGGGGCAAAUAAACAGUUAGAAAGGAACCCUGGAGUGUUUCACCAGCUGGCAGAGACCCCGGCUGAUCCACGGCUGGAGGAUGACAUAAGAAAGGAUCUCCACAGACAGUUCCCUCUCCAUGAAAUGUUCCUGCAGAAGGGGGGACAUGGGCAGGAGGAUCUGUUCCGGGUGCUCAAGGUGCAUGCCCAGGUCUCCCCUGAUGAGUAUUGCCAGGCUCACGCACCACUGGCUGCCGUGCUUCUGAUGCAGAUGCCCGCUGAGCCUGCCUUCUGGUGCCUCAAGGCCAUAUGUGAUAAAUAUGUGCCAGGGUACUAUGCUCCUGGACUGGAAGCAAUUCAGGUUGAUGGAGACAUUUUGUACAAACUCCUGAAGAAGGUGUCACCCUCGGCCUACAAACAUUUGAAGAAGCACAAGAUCGAGCCAGUGCUUUACAUGACAGAGUGGUUCAUGUGCCUGUUCUCUCGUACGCUGCCAUGGUCCUCUGUGUUGCGGGUGUGGGACAUGUUCUUCUGUGAGGGUGUGAAGGUGAUGUUCCGUGUGGGCCUAGUGGUGCUCAAGUACGGCCUGAGGUCACAGGUGCUGAAGAGAUGCCCUGGAAUGUAUGAGACACUACAGGCACUGAGGAACAUUGAGCAUGGAGUGAUGGCCGAGGGGUUCCUGCUCUUCCAGAUGCAGCGCCUUGACCUUAGUGAGGACGACCUGCAGCGGGAACACCAGCGGCAGGUACAGAAGAGGCGGCAGGCGGCGAAGGAGUCAGGGACAGCGGCAGCCAAUGGAAGAUAGGAGGGACCCUGGGGUGUGGCAGCUGGCAUAGGGACAGACCACCCUUCACCUCCUCCAUCAGUCACCCUCCCCGCCCUACCACCCCAGCCUGCCACCCCCCGGUCCCCCUGACCCAGCACCCCUCCAUACCCUUCUCUCCCAAGCCCCAAGGUAGCCAGAGUUUAGUAUAUAUAUAGGUAUAAUAAGGAUGAUGAUGCAUUUGUACAGAGUGAAAAAUGCAUGGUGAUUUUUAUGAGUGUGUGUGGUGACAUGAAGUAGGUAAGAUGUGUACCUACCUGCCUAUGUUCCUUCUUGAUUGAAAUGUGUUGAUGGACAGUGAAGUGGAGUGGCAGUGUGACAGCUUGGAAGAAAGAUAAGCAGAGUUGCAGGAAAGGAAACAUUUAAGAAAGGAAGUAAGAACUAGGAGGACAGCUAAAGAAGAUAAAAGGAGGAGGUAGUGGAGUGACAGUGUAAGGAUUUGAAAGAGAGAAAGGAAAGCUAAGUAGCAAGAGGAGUUAAUGAAGGGAAAUGAGAAACAGGAGGACAAGAGGAAAUAAAAGUAGAAAAUGGAACAGUAUGUAAGGUGUGUGAAAGUAACAGAAGAACUAAAAGAAAGUAAAUAAGGAUUGCAAAGAUAAAAGGAGAUGAAAA